CCACAUUCCGCUGACCCUCAGCAGCGCUGUAAAUAUGGCGGAGCCCUCCUUGGGGAGUUCAAGCCCAGGUAUUUAUUCCAUCAUUCUAAGAUGAUGUUUAUUCUAUAGGGAUGUAUCCAAGAAUAAUAGCUGAUACUGAAAGAUGACAAUUAUUUUGUGUUUAUGGUGGCAGAUGAUAUUCAAAUACAGUUGUAUAGACCUUUUACUAAAUACCUUCAAAGUUGUUCAUGGACGUAUGUUUUUAUUAGACUGCACACAUCUCUGCUAUAAACAUGCUCUUCAGGAGAUAAUGCUCCUAAAAGAUUUCAUCAAUGACUACAAAAGUCAUCUAAAUCCAAUAAUAGAAGGAAAUGAGAGUCCACAAUUUAAAAUCCUUCAAAAAUAACUGCAAUAUCAAUUUAAAACCUGUUAACUGUCUCCGUUCCACAGAAGGAAUGCUAUGACAAACUAUAAAUCUUUGGAAAGGUCUAAGCCUCUAGAAUAAAAAUCUGACUAGCGUUUGACAAAAUAGAUUAUGUAGCUGCAGUAAUUGAUUCAUUAGUGCGCAUAAACAUUAUUAUAUGCUGCUAAAUGUCACUGUUCCACCAGUAGAACACUGAGGUUUAUUUCAAUAUUUUGCAACACAAUUCCAUCCUAAUCAUGAGAAACUAUACUGUAUGUCUUUGGAAAGGUCUAAGCCUCUAGAAUAAGAAUCUGACCAAUGUUUGACUAUAUAAAGUUGUAAAUAGUUUUAUAUUUCUAAUAUGUUUCAGUUUUCCUAUUUAUAUGUUCCUUUUAUUAAACAUUUGUGUUUCGUUCAUUGAGUUUGUGCAUGAGAAAAUAAAAAAGGAAAGAAACUUCUCAGUAUGUGUUGUGAUGUUUAGGAAGGUCCCCAAGUGGACAUUUGCGGUACAGCAGCUAAAAGUGUUACACAUCUCUUUUUGUUCAUAUCAAGCUCAAAUUCAGAACACAACUUAGUUACACAUGUGGCUUUGAAUUUCUAGCAUUUUUUUUGGCUGAAACAAAUAUUUAUAUAUAUAUAAUAUUUUCAUAGCCAUGAAAUUAAACAAAAAAACCCUUAAAAUAUUUAGUCAGCAAUAAUCUGCGUAAUGUCUUCUUUCAAACAAGACCCACCUUAGGUCUGUACUCCAAAGCAUUCAUGACUUAUAAUCAUUUUAGUUUGGAUAGUGCAUGUUCAUGUGUAUGCUCAAAAAGGGCAGUGACAGUUAAAGGAACAAUACGGGGUUUUUAGGAGGAUCUAUUGACAGAAAUGCAAUAUAAUAUACAAAACUAUGUCUUCAGAGGUGUAUAAAGACCUUGCAUAAUGAAGCGUUAUGUUUCUCAUACCUUAGAAUAAGAUGUUUAUAUCUACAUACAGAGCGGCCCUACUUUCAAUUCAAUUCAAUUUAAUUUAUAUAGAGCUUUUCACAAUGUGCAUUGUUCCAAAGCAGCUUUACAGGAGCAAAGUGAGCAAGCCAACACUGCUCUGCUGUGGCGAGGAACCCAAACUCCAAUGAUGAAUAAAUGGAGAAAAAAAAACCUCAGGAGAAACCAGACUCAGCCGGGAGGGCCAGAUCUCCUCUGACGUGUCAUAGCUGCACUCAGUGACCCCGACCAAAGCCACCGAGCAAACGUCCACGAAGAACAGGGAGAGCCCACGAGCUGCGACCCAGGAAGCCCCACCCACCGAAACCGUGCAGGUCCAACCCGGUCCCAUUCCGCGAUCAACAACAGACAACAGAGGGACAACCAGGGAAAAGUAGUAAUGGCAUAAUUAACUUUAUUCCUCUGUUGUCCGACAUCGACCACAAAACAAGACCAGACCAGACCCACACAGUCCCAACAAAUGAAACGCCCCAAACCAACAAGCCCCCCCACUCCCCACAAACACCCACCCAGCUACCUCCAAUCAAAGUCACUGAGUGCAGCCAUAACUUCAAACUGCUGUCGUGUGAUGUAAGUUUAGCAUUAAAUACCAAGUAUUGUAAAUGUAGCAUUAAUGUGACAAGUAGUCCGUCUUUGCUCUCGGUUGGGGAUGGAAUUGUCUGAGCUGGGCCGGUCAGAUGGUCGCCUUUUUCUUGGGUGGUGAUGGAAUUGCCUUGGAUGGAGCUGGGAUGGUCAGUCAGUCCGCAGGCCCUACAUACAUUGAAUUCGCCGCCAUGUUUUGUACAGCAGCCCUAAACGGACAAACAACUCUACAACGCGCGUUUCCUCUUCCUCUCCGCUGCGGAGUUGCGGUUGGUUCAGAUGUCGUUGACUUUGAGCCCUCAGCAGAGAUGUUGUUGCCAGAGUAUGAGGAUGAUCACACCCCUGAAGACGACGAGCUGCCUGAAGGAGACAAUGAGAUAGAAGAACUUGAAAAGGAGAGGGAAAUGCCCAUCCAGGAGCUCUUGAACCUCUAUGGCUAUGGAGGAAGCGGUUCACCGGGAGAAGAAGAAGAGGAGGAGGAGGAGGAGGAGGAGGAGGAAGACGAGGAGGAGGAGGAUGUGGAUGGAGAUGAGGAUGAUGAAGAUGAAGGAGAGGACAUGGAUAAUGAUGAGAGCAGCAGAAGCACUGGAGAACUAAAGAAAAGCAAGGAGGAUGGAGGGAAGAUCUUCAAGGGUCUGGUGGACGACAGCCACUCCAGUGACGGCCGAGCGGGUGCGGUUCCAGCGUGUAACACAGCUGAACUCAUACGAUCUCAGAACCGCAGCUACUUUCAGAAUCAUGAAGCGGACGAGGAAUCAGAAGAGGAUGAAGACUAUGUUCCCUCCGAAGACUGGAAGAAAGAGAUCAUGGUCGGCUCCAUGUAUCAGGCUGAAACACCGUCUGGACUGUGCAAAUACAUGGACAAUGAGAAAAUGUAUGAAAACGACGACCAGCUGCUGUGGAAUCCUGACGUCCUCCCCGAAAACACGGUGGUGGAGUUUCUCACAGAAGCUUGUCGACGGACGGGAGAGGAGACGGGAGUAGAUGCUAUUCCUGAAGGAUCCCACAUCAAAGACAACGAGCAGGCCUUAUAUGAGCUGGUCAAGUGUAACUUUGACACUGCAGAAGCUUUACGAAGAUUACGAUUUAACGUCAGAGCAGCCAGAGAUGGAUUGUCUGUAUGGACAGAGGAAGAAUGCAGGAGUUUUGAACAAGGUUUAAAAGCUUAUGGCAAAGACUUUAAUUUCAUCCAGGCCAACAAGGUCAGAACGCGGUCAGUCUGGGACUGUGUGGCCUUUUAUUACAUGUGGAAGAAGUCAGAACGGUAUGAUUUCUUCGCACAACAAACUCGGCUUGGAAAAAGGAAAUACAACCUUCACCCUGGAGUGACGGAUUACAUGGACAGACUGCUGGAUGAGACCGAAAGCACCGCCUCCAGUCGAGCAACCACGCCCUUACCCGCCCCCUCCGGCAGCAGCACCAGCCAAUCAGAGCGAGAGGACGUCAGCGGUCACAACGGACUCGGCAGUCAUGCGUCCAGCGCAGACUCCACACAGACACUAAGCGGUGUGAACGAGACGAAGAGUGAAUGUCUUCAUUUGAACGGAACGGACAGUCAUGAGGACAGUCAGACAGAUCAUCAGGACUCCAACGGCUGUAAACUCACGGACACUCUUAACACGGACACUAACGGCUCUUUGAAGCGCCAGUUGGACUGCCAGAGUCUCGACAGGCCCACAAAAAAGUGCCGGACAGAAUCAGACUCGCCGGUCCUGGUCGAGACGGACCCUUCCAGAGCGAAGGAAGACUGAACCAAAGUUCAGGCCAAAUACAGAAAGCGGGGCGCUGUGACACCCAUCCGCCCCUGAACCCAAAGCCAAGCUGCUCCAAAAACACCACCCUUCAACCGAUCCAUGCUCCUUUUUCACCAAACCAUUUUACAGAGAAAUGUAUAUUCUAACGGAAUUUGUCUGAUAUUUUUUUACCGACGAGAUAUUUAUAUUUUUAUUAAGACAUUUUGAGAACGGGUGAAUAUGCCGUUAUUAAAGCCAUUAUAUGUUGUUCAUGAGGAGGUUUGUUGGUGGGCGUGGCCUCGAGCUGAAUUGAAGUCCUGAAGUCCCGACAGCUGUAGUAAAAAUAAACAAGCCAAGAGAACCACUGCUAAGCGUUGCUGUAAAGUGCUUGCUGUAUGGUCCAGUCACUGGGUGAAUCUGUGGCUCACACCCUAAAUGAAAAUACGUGUAUUUUGCCUAAAGAAAAGGAAGACUGAUCUUAGCUUUAACAAUAAGAUUUUCUGUCUAUUUCCACGAAAUCUUCUUGAAGUGUCCUGUUGUUUAAUGUUUUCGAAUCGUUAUCAGACGCUGUCAUACAUGAAAACCAUCCUUUUCCCAACACCAUGCAAAAAAACGGUUCUACACACAGGCUUCCUUUAUUUUAUCCAAAACAUGGGUUUUAAUUUUAGGGUGAACUGUACAUGGCCCAGCUUCAUUCUUGUGGGUUUUACCUCAGUCACGACUUAUGAUGGUUAACUUGCACACACCUCAUGCUUUUGAUAAUCACUGUACGUGUACCUGACGGUUUUCCUUUGGAGUUUUUGUACGUUGACGACUGUGAGGAAACUUGUUUUUGUAGCAAACAAACACUAAUAUUGACUGAUCACUGACUGUGACUUUCUCAAUCCUCUAUCAAUGAAAUGGAACACAAGGCCAUGAUGGAAAUCAAUUCAAAAAAUGACCUCCGUUGUUAAAUGUCUUUCGCAUUUAUUUCAUGCCGUUUUCAUUUCUGUGACGUGUAAAAGCUUACGUAAUAAGUCUGUUGAUAUUAUUUUGACAUGAAAGAUCUUUGCUCCCAGAUAUGCCUUAAAUAUUCAGAAGCAUAACAUUUGAAGUAUUUUGCUACAGAAGUGAAUUCACAAUCCCAGCAGUCCUUUAACAACCAGUGCAAAUCAACCUCUCAGAGAUCAUAGUGCUAUUCCUGCACUGCGAUCUUCAUUUGGCUUAUUUAAUGUCAUUUCUGAUGUUUCCUGAGAGCUUUUUUGACUCGUGUAUGUGAUCUAUUAACUUCUUGAAUAUAGGAGAAGUCGCUGGCCCACCGCAGAUGAAGAGCAGUCCUGUAAUAGUGCGAGAGGAGUUUAUUUAAACCAUGACUGUAAGACUGGCGUUUAUCUAAUAAACAUUGUGAAUGUA